AUGUCGGAUGUGUCGAACUCCUUCUCAGCUUGGAAGACCCUGCCGGAGGACGAACCUCCGCUGUGCAUCGCAGUUCGACGCCCAGUGUCACCUCCACGCCACUAUGAGGCGAGUAAUAUUAGCGUUAACACCUGGAAUAUCCAAUAUUUGAAGCCAAACCUAGUGGACCCUGUUCCAUCUGAUAUUGUGAUUUCGCGAAGCCAAGUUCCUAAGGACGUUGAACAGGUAGCCAGGGAAGUCGGUAUCUUGCCGGAGGAGUUAGACCCGUAUGGCAGAAAGAAGGCGAAAGUUUCGUUGAACAUUUUGAAACGAUUGCAACAUGUGAAAAACGGGAAGUAUGUGGUCGUCGUAGGAAUCACACCAACUCCGCUAGGUGAGGGUAAAUCCACAGCAACCCUGGGUCUUACUCAAGCGCUUGGUGCUCAUCUACAUAAGAACGUAUUCGCUUGCAUGCGUCAACCUUCACAGGGACCCACGUUCGGGAUUAAAGGCGGUGCAGCAGGAGGAGGAUAUUCUCAGGUAAUUCCGAUGGAAGAAUUCAAUCUUCAUUUGACCGGCGAUAUCCAUGCUAUCACGGCGGCCAACAAUCUUCUCGCCGCAGCUAUUGAUGCUAGAAUGUUCCAUGAAUCCACACAAAAAGACGAUGCGCUUUUCAACAGGCUUUGUCCUUUGAAUAAGCAAGGUCAACGUCCUCUGACAGCGGUCCAGCAACGACGACUUUCUCGUUUGGGGAUUAGUGACAUUAAAGAUGGGAACUUACUGACACCAGAACAACGUGUUGAAUUCAGUCGACUUAAUAUCGAUCCGAAUUCAAUCACUUGGAAUCGUGUGAUCGAUACGAAUGAUCGUUUCCUUCGAGAAAUUGAGAUCGGUUUGUCACCAUCUGAAAAAGGUCAUAAAAGAAGAACAAAAUUCGAUAUAUCUGUUGCCAGUGAGCUGAUGGCAAUUCUUGCUCUCACAACAUCACUGAGAGACCUGCGUGAGCGUAUAAGCCGAAUAGUAAUCGGAUCGGAUGUGCACGGUAGACCAGUGACAGCAGAUGACAUAGGAGUGACAGAUGCGAUGACAGUUCUGAUGCGUGAUACGGUGCGGCCAACAUUGAUGCAAACCCUCGAGGGGAACCCAGUAUUUGUGCAUGCUGGACCGUUUGCUAAUAUUGCCCAUGGAUCGAGCAGCAUUAUUGCAGAUGAGAUUGCGCUUAAACUUGUUGGAGAAGAUGGAUUUGUGAUCACUGAGGCUGGAUUUGGUGCCGAUAUUGGUAUGGAGAAAUUUUUCAACAUUAAGUGCAGGUACUCUGGCUUGGAGCCAUCCGUUGUUGUACUGGUGGCAACGGUGAGAGCGCUAAAAAUGCACGGUGGAGGUCCAGCUGUGCUGCCGGGGACGCCGUUGAGACACGAAUAUACUGAAGAGAACCUUGAUCUUGUACGACAAGGUUGUGAUUCGAAUUUAAGGAAGCAGAUUGAAAACACGAACAAAUUUGGAAUACCUGUGGUUGUAUGUGUGAAUAGAUUCACCACCGAUACGAAUAGAGAACUGCAGUUGGUUGUUAGUAGGGCAUUAGCUCAUGGUGCUCGGAAUGCGGUUAUCUCAUCGCAUUGGUCUAAAGGUGGAGCUGGAGCAAUUCCACUGGCUAACGCUGUUGUUGAAGCCACAUCUGGACAUAAUGAAAAUUUCAGAUUCCUGUAUCCGCUAAGCAUUCCACUUGAGGAGAAGAUAGAUGUCAUUGCUCGUGAGAUUUAUGGCGCUGAUGGAGUUGAUUUCACAAAAGAAGCCAGAGAUAAACUGGAACUUUACACAAAGCAAGGAUUCGGAGCCUUACCGAUUUGCAUGGCUAAAACUCAACUUUCACUUUCGCACGACCCUACGAAGAAGGGAGCUCCAACAAACUUUACGCUACCGAUUCGUGACGUCAGCGCUUCGAUUGGUGCUGGAUUUAUAUUUCCAUUGACGGGGGAAAUUACUACGAUGCCCGGACUUGGUACCCGUCCUUGCUUCUUCGACAUCACAAUUGAUCCCAACACUGAGAUUAUCGAUGGGCUUUUCUAA